AUGCAGACAGAUGAACCAUAUGUGACUAAUUUUUAUAUCGAAUAAUAAAUAAAAAUAUUAAAACCACAUCCUAUAGCUAUUAAAUUAAGUGUCGAUAUUUUACAAAACUACUAUUAAUUGUAAUAGGUAAGAUAUAACAUUAUCAAAUUUAAUAGAGAGAAUCCAUUAGAUCCUUCCAGUAAUCACUGCAUAACAUUUAUGACUUUUUCCGACAAGACCAAUUCCAAGGAUAAUGGGAGAUAAAUAAUUAAAUAAAUAUUUUACUUGACGAAAUUUUAAAAAUUGAAGAAAGCUCUAUCAAAAAAAUAUCCUUUCGACGUUCUGUCUCUAGGAAAUCAUUAGCAAAGUAUAUUUUCUUACUUUACAAAUUUGAAUAGAUCUUUUAAAAUGCUAUCUUCAAAAUUAAGGAUUAGUAUUGAUACAUUCAGUAAAAUUUGGAUUGACAAAUAAAGCACUCCUAAUCAAUUGAAAUGGUCUUGUUUAUGUAUUAAAAACAUACAGAAUUAAUUGAGACAAGAUGUUGAAAGAGUAGUCAGAAAACAAUAGAAAAUGUUUAUAUGCAGAAUUUGUGAGUCACAAGUGCAGGCAAAUGACAUGACUCAACAUUGUAUUCAAUGUGAAAAAAAAGCUGAGAGUAAAAAAAGAUUGAUAGAGUUGAAUUUAGAAUUGGCAAAUUUAUGUGAUCAAGCAUAUCACACCAAAAGAAAUGUUUAAGUGAAUUUAGCAAUCAAAAAAAUGAAGGAUAAAAAUAAAUAAAGACAGUAUGCGAAUAAAUAAUUUAGAAGAAUAUAAUCUCUAUAUGAUUAGGAAGAAGAUGAAGAUGUUGAGGAAGGUGAAUAUCAAUAAGAACAAAAUUAUAUUGCAAAUAUAAUGACAUAAAUCAUUUACUUUGCUGAAAAAACACUAAACAAUUAGAUAGAAAUUGAAGACACCAAAUUGACUAUUUUGCUAUUGAAUGAUUUAGUAAGUUCUACUGAAUACAUUGAAAACCAGGAUGCCUUGAAUAUAAUCAAUUCAACUCAUAAAUGUUUAUUGGAGAGACUUGAAUAUCAUAAAAAGCAACAAGGAUUUAACAAAAACGUUAAAAAGCAAUCAAACUAAAACUAAGAUUAAACUGAAGAUAAAAUUAAUAAAAUAAGAAGAGCAUUUACUAAAUCAAAUUCAAUUUCUUUUAGGCUUCCAAAAUUCCAAAAUAAAUCAUCCUCUUCUUUACAAAGAAUAUCAACUGAUCCAAUACAAGAGGAAGAGGAUUCACCUACUCAUCUUAAGGUUAAAUCAUCUUAAAAAAUUAUAUCUUAAAGGAGCAGAUUUAGAAUGAACUCCUCCAUUUUUAAGAUAAGUGAUGGCUCUGAAUCACCCAAAUCUCUAAAGAAUAUACAGCAAUCAAUAAAUCAAUCUAAAUCAAGUAGUUUAAAUAAUCAUGAAACUAACUAAUCUAUCGAUUCUAACAACACCAAUAAUAAGGUUGAUUCAUGUUACAAAAAUUCAAAUACUGAACAAAAAAAUGAAUUAGCCUAACCUUCUCCAACUUAAAAAAAACUUUCAUCAUUCAAAGCUCAGCUUUAAAAAUUAGCAGUUGAAAUAAAAUAACCAUCCUUAUAAGAAAUUAGUCAUAAAAUAGAGCCCUUAAAUCUAUCCAUUAAGGAAGGAGAAAACUCAUCAAAUUUAUCAAGUAUUGACUCUGGAAGAUCUAAUUCAGCAACUAAUAAUGAUUUAAAUUUAUUAGCAUUAUAAAAAAGAUAGUGCAAACAAAAAUAAACGAAAAAGUAGAACUUUCACUCAUAAGAUAUUGAAAAAAUGCAGUAGUGCCAUAAGAUUUAACAUAGAAAAAGUAGAUUUUAUGAAAAUUAGAUGUGUAAAUCUCCUACAGUUUUGCAUGAUUAUUAUAGAUUAAAUGAUAUUCAAAUUGGUAAGGGAUAUCAUUCAGAUUCAAAUUUAAUUAAAACAACAGGUCAUUCAUAAAGUUAAACAUCAAAAGUUGGAAUCAAAGAUUUUGAAUUCAUUAAGCCAUUAGGAAAAGGUGCUUAUGGAUGGGUAUUCCUUGUUAAAAAGAAAGGAUCUGGAGAUUUGUAUGCUUUAAAAAUAAUUGAUUGUGCUUAAAGGAAUUUGGAAGCAUUUCUUGAAUAACUCAAAGCAGAAAGAAAUAUCUUUGAAAUCCUUAAUAGCAAUUUUGUAGUCAAGGCCUACUUCUCUUUUGUUCAUGAACAAUAUUUAUGCUUUGUUUAGGAAUAUAUGGUUGGUGGAGACCUAGCAACCAUUUUGAAAACAUACACUGCUUUGGAUGAAUUUUAUGUUCGUCAUUACAUGGCUGAAAUAGUCCUAGCCUUGGAUCAUUUAAGGAUAUAAAAUAUAGUUCAUAGAGAUUUAAAACCAGAGAAUAUUCUAUUGGAUUGUCAAGGACACGCAAAACUUGCAGAUUUUGGCCUGUCUGAAUAAGGAGUCAAUAGCAGAUUAAAAUUAAGGGAUAGUUUAAAUUCAUUCAAUACAAUUGAGAUACCAACGUGUGUUGAAUAAAUGAUUGAUCAAUAAGGUUAUCAGACAGUAUACAAAUAACUGAGAAAAGUAGAAUCUAUUUUGGUAGAUAAGUUUGGAAGUAAAACUAAAAAAAUUGUAGGUACUCCUGAUUAUAUUGCCCCAGAAAUAAUUUUGGGGACUUCUGCUAGUAAUUUCAGUUGUGAUUAUUGGAGUUUAGGAGUUAUUAUGUAUGAAUUGCUGUGUGGAAUUACUCCUUUUAAUGAUGAUACAGUUGAUAAAAUAUUUGAUAAUAUUCUUAAUAUGAGAUUAGAAUGGCCUAGAAUUGGUGAUGGAGAAGAUUGCAUAUCUGACUAGGCUUAUGAUUUAAUGAGUAAAUUAUUAGAACCUGAUUUUAAAAAUCGUCUAGGACAUAGAUCCAUUGAAGAGAUUAAGAACCAUCAAUUCUUUAAAGGAAUUUCUUGGAAUACAUUGUUAAGUAAGCCUGGUUUGAUUGUUCCUGAAUUGAACUGCGAAUAAAGGGACACAGAGAAAAUGAUGCAAUUCUUAAAAAAAUUAGAAAAAACAAAUAAAGAUAAUGAGAACAAGAAAUUAACAUAAUAAUUAAAUGCAUAAUUACAGUUUUUAGAAAGAAUUGACCUUCUUAAGUAGAGAAGUAUUCAGGAAUCAGAGAGAUACUUGUAAUAAGUGAAACUUGAGGAAUCGAAAUUAAAUACAUAGAUUGAUACUUUGACAUAAUUUUUUGCUAAGAUUUAUUAAACUUAUUCGUCGAUGUAGUGA